AUGACCAUUGAGCCCAAACUCUCACUAGUUCCUCUGUAUCUCCAAGUGGACAUUUGUUUGUGUGGCACCACUCCUCUGUACACCAGGAUUGUUGGAGGUCAAGAUGCUCCAGCUGGAAGUUGGCCAUGGCAAGUUAGUCUGCAGAGAUUUGGUGGCCAUGUUUGUGGCGGUUCCCUCAUCAACCAAGAGUGGGUGAUGUCUGCUGCUCACUGCUUCUCCAGUGCAAGUACGUCUGGUUGGAGCGUUUCUCUGGGUCUUCAGAGCCUACAGGGUGACAACCCAAACCAAGUGUCCAGAACUGUUUCCACCAUCAUUUUGCAUCCAGACUACGACAGCUACACCAGCAACAACGACAUUGCUCUGCUCAGACUCUCCUCACCAGUCAGCUUCACAGACUACAUCAGACCUGUGUGUCUGGCAGCGAGUGGCAGUGUGUUCAACAACGGCACUGAUAGCUGGGUCACUGGCUGGGGUGCAGUCCAGGAGGGAGUUUUUUUACCGUUCCCUGAAACUCUCCAAGAAGUGGAGGUACCAGUUGUAGGAAACAGGCAGUGUGACUGUCUGAAUGGUGUGGGCACAGUCACAGACAAUAUGAUCUGUGCUGGUGUUCUGGCAGGAGGCAAAGACUCAUGUCAGGUGGGCUGCUUUAUGUCAUGUCUCUCCUCGUGGUAAAUGUGGUGUGGAGUU